AUGUCGAACGGAGGGCUUUCGAACGCGUCGCCCAACAACACAAUGGGCGAUGACUCUGAUGAUGAAUAUGAGGCAGCAGGUGUCGCGGCUAUUCUUUGGUAUUAUCAAACCUACGUGGAUAGACUCCCACCUCAACCUAAGCACACCUCUGCGUUCACAGGUAUUAUGCGUGUUGAUUACUUGCUUGAUGGCCAUGAGGACGUAAUUCGGAAUAAGAUUAGGAUGGGCAGUGACUGUUUUAAUCGCCUGAGUUCACUCCUAGAACUUAAAGGAUAUUUGAGACCCACUAGGAAUAUGAACGUGGACGAGCAGCUUUUCAUCUUCCUAUACAUUGUGUCCCAAAGCCAAAGUAAUAGGGAAUCGCAGGAUCAAUGGCAGCAUUCUGGAUCCACAAUUUCCAAAUACUUCGAGGCUGUAUUGGAGGCAAUAUGUAACCUAAGGCAUGAUUUCAUAACACCCCCGAAUUUUAACAUUAUUGAUCCAGUCAUUGAUGCGAAUGGAAGCAAGUAUUUGCCAUGGUUUAAGAAUUGUGUUGGAGCUCUCGACGGGACUCAUGUCCCUUGUGUUCCACCAUCAGGUAAAUACUACCUUGUAGACUCUGGUUACGCGAACAAUGAUUGUUUCUUGGUGCCGUACCGGGGGAGCACAUAUCACCUUCAAGAGUAUAGGGCAAGACGUGGUCGUCCUCGAACUCAGCGUGAGUUGUUCAAUUACACGCAUUCGUCUCUAAGAAAUGCUAUUGAGCGCACUUUUGGUGUUUGGAAAGCAAGGUUCCGCAUACUCAAGUGCAUAAAUAAUUACCCAAUAGAGAAACAGAUACAAAUUCCUAUUGCUUGUGCCGUGCUUCACAAUUUCAUACAUAUGUACAACAAUAAUGAUGAGCUAUUGAACUAG